AUGAAUUCCAACUAUUUAACUUUAAUUAUAAACUCUGGAGCACUACUUACCAUUAUUAUUCUUCUACCCCCUGUUAUCAUACCUAAACCGUCCAUAAUUUUAACAACAAAACUAGUUAAAACCUCCAUAUUUAUCAGCCUAAUCCCACUAACCAUUUACUUAAACGAAAACAUGGAAACUACCCUUACACUAAAACCCUGAAUAGACUGGACUCUAUUUAACAUUGCUCUAUCUUUUAAAAUCGACAAAUAUACUGUCAUCUUUACCCCAAUUGCCUUAAUAAUCACCUGAAGCAUUAUAGAAUUCUCACAAUGAUAUAUAGAAAAAGAACGACUUAUUGACAAAUUUUUUAAAUACCUUCUUCUAUUCUUAAUUACAAUAAUUACCUUUAUCUCUGCAAAUAACCUACUACAACUAUUUAUUGGCUGAGAAGGAGUAGGAAUUAUAUCCUUCCUUCUAAUUAGUUGAUGGUCAGGACGAACAAAAGCCAAUAUUUCUGCACUCCAAGCAGUAGCCUACAACCGCAUUGGCGAUAUUGGACUUAUAAUAAGCAUAGUAUGAAUAUGCUCUAAUACUAAUUCCUGAGAACUGCAACAAAUUACACUACUUUUAUCUGACCAACAAUAUAUUAUCCCAACUCUAGGAUUCUUAAUUGCAGCUACAGGAAAAUCGGCUCAAUUCGGGCUUCACCCUUGACUCCCAGCUGCAAUAGAAGGCCCUACCCCUGUCUCAGCCCUACUUCAUUCAAGUACUAUAGUCGUCGCAGGGGUAUUCCUUCUUAUCCGACUUCACCCACUAUUCCAAAAUUACCCCCUCAUACUAGAAAUAACUCUAUGUCUUGGAGCAAUAACCACCAUUUUCGCUGCUCUUUGCGCAACAACACAAAAUGAUAUCAAAAAAAUUAUUGCCUUCUCCACAUCAAGCCAACUAGGUCUAAUAAUAGUAGCAAUUGGGCUCAAUCACCCUCAUAUUGCUUUCCUCCAUAUAUGCACGCACGCCUUUUUUAAAGCCAUACUAUUCUUGUGCUCAGGAAGUAUUAUUCAUAAUAUAAAUAAUGAACAAGAUAUUCGAAAAUUUAGCUGUUUAAACAAUAAUCUUCCUCUAACAACAUCCUGUAUAACGAUUGGAUCAGCAGCUCUCAUAGGACUACCAUUCUUAGCUGGCAUCUUCACAAAAGAUCUUAUUCUAGAAGCCCUAAACACCUCCUACACUAACGCCUGAGCCCUAAUAACUACCCUCCUAGCUGUAACAUUAACAACUGCCUAUAGCUCACGUCUAAUUCUUAUAUCAGCUUCUGGAGCGCCACGAUACCUAGCCUUAACCCCAACCCACGAAAAUAGCUUUAUUAAAAAUCCCUUUAAACGAUUAGCCUGAGGCAGUAUCAUCUCAGGAUUAAUUCUUACAAGCACUAUUCCACCUAUAAAACCUCAAAUUUUUACAAUACCAGCUUACAUUAAAACUAUUGCCCUAAUUAUAUUUACUGUUAGCUUAGCCAUCUCAAUUGAGCUAACUAACAAAAAAGUUAACCAAACCGUAUUCUCCUUUUUUACUCAACUAGCGUUUUAUCCCCAUAUCAUACAUCGUUUUCUAUCCCGCCUAUCCCUAUCAUGAAGCCAAAAACUAAUAACACAAGUCACAGAUCUAGCCUGAUUAGAAAAAAUUGGGCCAAAAGGCCUAACCAAUAAUCAACUGAAGCCCUCAACAAUAUUAACAGAAGCGCAUCGAUUAAAUUCCGCCACCCUCCCAUUAAUAGCCUUUGCCCUAGCUUUAAUUACACUUAGCCUCACAGCCUGCAGA